AAAGAGGGGAAAAAAUAGACAUAGAUGUCCCAUUUUUACACAUUUAAAUGGACAAAGAGAUCAUCUUCAUAUAUAUAGGUUUAAUAGAAAGUUGUGGCGUGAUGGUAUUUUUGAAAGCAUAAUUGGUCUUUAUCGUCUGAAAACGAAAACAAGAAAAAGAUCCAAAGCCUCCACUAUAAAGGCCAUUAACUUCCCCACUAACCGAACCCACCUGUAACUUUUAACCGCAAAAAACAUCCUUGUUUAACCCAUUUUGGCCUUUUUGUUUUCUCUUCUGUCUUAAAAUAAAUGCCUCCGCAAGAAGAUGAACAACACCAGCAAUUGCUGGCCAAUCGAUUACUUGAAGAAUCAGCCUAUGAAUACUCCGACAAAGUCCAUAUUAUCGGAGUCGACGAAGAAACCAACGAUGAUGAUUUCAUCAAGACACCACCCUUUUCAUGGAAAAAGCUAUGGGCUUUUACUGGGCCGGGUUUCUUGAUGAGUAUAGCGUUUUUGGAUCCGGGUAAUCUUGAAGGGGAUCUUCAAGCAGGGGCCAUAGCUGGGUAUUCGCUGGUAUGGCUACUCUUUUGGGCUACGGCUAUGGGAUUGCUUGUUCAGCUUUUAGCGGCUCGUUUGGGUGUGGCCACUUCAAGACAUUUGGCUGAGCUUUGUAGAGAUGAGUAUCCUAAAUGGGCUAGGUUGCUUUUGUGGGUCAUGACGGAACUGGCGCUAAUUGGGGCUGAUAUUCAAGAGGUUAUUGGUAGUGCUAUUGCUAUAAAGAUUUUGAGUCGAGGGUUCCUGCCUCUCUGGUCUGGUGUUGUCAUCACUGCUCUUGAUUGCUUUAUAUUCUUAUUUCUUGAGAACUAUGGAGUGAGGAAGCUGGAAGCACUCUUUGCCGUCCUUAUUGCAGUUAUGGCGGUCUCAUUUGCAUGGAUGUUUGGAGAAACGAAACCUAAUGGAGUUGAACUUCUUGUUGGUAUGGUGGUUCCAAAACUAAGCUCAAACACAAUAAAACAGGCAGUGGGAAUUGUAGGGUGUGUAAUCAUGCCACACAAUGUGUUUCUGCAUUCUGCUCUAGUGCAGUCAAGAGACAUUGACAACCGUAAGAUUGGCAGAGUUCGAGAAGCACUUAGAUACUACUCCAUAGAGUCGACAGUUGCCUUGGCAAUUUCAUUCAUUAUCAAUCUGUUUGUUACAACAGUGUUUGCGAAGUCAUUUUAUGGUAGUUCAAUAGCCAAUAGCAUUGGCCUAGAAAAUGCUGGUCAAUAUCUUCAGGAAAAGUAUGGCGGGGGAGCAUUCCCCAUCCUUUAUAUCUGGGCUAUUGGAUUAUUGGCUGCUGGACAAAGUAGCACUAUAACUGGAACUUAUGCUGGGCAAUUUAUUAUGGGAGGUUUUCUGCACAUGAGGUUGAAAAAAUGGCAGAGAGCUUUAAUAACAAGAAGUUGUGCUAUCUUUCCAACUCUGAUUGUUGCUCUUGCUUUUGACACAUCUGAGAAAUCAUUAGAUGUUCUCAACGAGUGGCUUAAUGUUCUUCAGUCUGUCCAAAUCCCUUUUGCCGUGAUCCCACUUCUGUGUCUUGUAUCCAGAGAAGAAAUCAUGGGUGUUUUCAAGAUUGGCGCUACUUUGAAGGUGAUAUCAUGGCUUGUGGCUGCGCUGGUUAUGCUGAUUAAUGGCUAUCUUUUGAUGGACUCCUUAUCUUUUGCAGUCAGUGGUGUGCUGCUUACAUCUGUUGUAGUUGCAUUUACGUGUGGAUACGUUGCUUUUAUUGUAUACCUCAUUUCGCGGGGGAUCACUACCCCCAAUUGGUUUGUAAAAAACAAGAGUAUCGCGAGCAUAGAUAAAUGAUAAUAUUAUAAGCAGAAAGCUGAGAUCAUGAUGCACCCUUUUUAGUCUGAGCUUCAAUAAGCUAAUCAUAAAGCUUGCGAUGUCAACAUGUAGAGCCUUCCCCGUUUCUUUCAGUUAAGAACUGUUGGAUUGUUGGGAUUGCUGCUCUAUGAAGCAUUAAGCUGUAAACAGCCAGGCUGAGAGUGUGAUUGCACCUCAAUUGGGUAUUUGUAUAUCAUAAAUAUAUCAAUGAUAACUGUUUGCCUUCUAACUAGGAAAAAGAAAA